AUGUUGGAUUUUUCUCAGAGACCACCUCUUCAGAAUAUUCUUGUGUUCUUCCUUUGGUAUGUCCCUGACUACUUGCAAACCCCACUACUACCCCUCAGUGCACGGGGGAGAGAGAUUGUGAGUUUGGUCUGAUGUUGGUUACUCACACUCAGUUAGGGCUUCUUCUCUUGAGCUUGAAGCACCUUCCAGUGCGCCCUCGAUGGAACUAGGUUUUAAGGAUGCUUCGGCAGAAGGCUUUCAACAGCUUAAUUGCAUGUGUGUGAUCUUUGUUACUGUGCUGAAUUUGGGGGAUAAUCUGUAUGUCUGAUGAGGGUGGUCAUCAUCCCUGAAGGUGUAGACGAAAUGGGAGAAAAACAUGGGUCAGGGUAAGUGACGUCAAGCUGAAUGCCUCUCAGGGCAGAAAGGUUUUCCUGCAGGGUUUUGUCCUGGAACCUGUCAGCCACUGAACAAUACAAAACAAUGAAAUGAGCAGAGUGGUAUUUUAAAAAGUGAGCAAGAAAAGGGUUUUAACGAUGUUAGUGGAACAGAGUCAAUUUCUUCUCUGAACUUGGUAUUAGCUUCAUAUCUAUUUCAUACAUACAUACAUACAUACAUACAUACAAAAAUACUUUGCUUUUAGAUUCCAUCCUUGCUGCUUAGAAUAACUUUGUGCUGGGUUAGAGCUUUCUCUGCUGAAUUUUCCAUAAAAGUUUUGUACUGCUCUGAUUUUGCAAAGGCCUUUGAGGAUUAGUUACAAUAAAAUGGAAUAUAAAACACGUAAAAUAAAUCAAAUUAUUUUGUGUUGCUUGUUUGCUUCCCUGAGAUUUGACCUUGGGGCAGCUUUGAAUAGAUUUAAAAGAUCAUUUUAUUCAUGAAUGAGGUUCAGACAUCACUUUGCUACAUCAGGAUAAGGAAUGGAGAUAUUCUUUCAGAGUGAUGCCUGGGUCAGAAACAUACAAAUCUUGGAGCCAGUCUAGUGUUUAAUUCUAAUUCUGGCUUGUGGAGAAAACUGAAUGCAUACCAGCAAUAGUGUUUGCCCUUAAACAUUUAUGCUAGAUAUAACACUCUCUGGACUACAUCAAGUAGACUUUAGUAUUUUAUUUUUAAACAUUUUACUUUUAAUGUUGACCUGGAUCAAUUUUCUUUCUGGGUUUUUCAAGUUUCAAUAUCCUUUGCAAAUGAUGCAGCCCGUUGAGACACUGCCGGAAAGAAGCAAACAGGAUGCUUUUUCUUGCAGAAGUUCCAUCUUCAGACUGUUUUAAGCCCCUGAAGACUGCCAAGAAAUUCCAGCUGGUCCAAAAUGCAGCAGCCGACUUCUGGCUGGGAUUCCGUUUGUUGUUGUUAUUUAGUCGUUUAGUCAUGUCCAACUCUUCGUGACCCCAUGGACCAGAGCAUGCCAGGCACUCCUGUCUUCAGGAUUCAAUUUAGAACUUGCAUAACAUAGGACCCUCCCUAUUAACUUAAUUCCAAUCUGCUUUAACUGUUUAUAAUAUUUUAUAUUUGAAUUUUUGUAAUCUGCCCUGGGAUCUCUUGGUGAAGAAUGGAUAUGGAUGCAAUAAUCAUACUUAUUUGCACCUCUCUUUAUAUCCCCCCCCCCAAGGCACGUUAAGCCAAGCAGUGGAGAAUCCAGCCUAUCAGGUGAAUGGGAUCAUGGAAGGAUUUCUCUCAUUUCCUGCCAAUGUAUCCCAAGGAAUAACAGUAGAGAAAAUUGAAUGGGACUUCAGCCCAAAAACUGGUGGCCUUGGCCUUAGGUUUAGUGAAUACAGACAUGGGAAACCAGAGCACCCAAAUCCCACUGACCAGCUUGGACCAUGGCUAGACAUGGCAAACCGGACAAUGCUGAGGAUUAAAGACUUGGAAUUGAACAACAGUGGGAUACACAGGACUCAUCUUUGGUUUACAAAAGUGCAGUUUCAAGCACACUCUUUCAACCUCUCCAGCAGCAGCAGCCACACCUGAGGCUCCCUAUAUUCCUGGCAAGAAAUUUUCAUGAAUUUUGUGAGCAGGAGCCUGGUGAAACUUCUCUUCUUUUAAGAAAGCUCCCCCUCCCCAAUCUCAGGGUCAGUGUGGUUUGGCACUUACUGGGGGCUCACAUGCCACAAGAGCCCUCACCCCACCAGACCUUCUCCUCUUUCCACCACUGCUUUCUCAUUUUGGCCCAAACAAUAAUGGUGGUUGUCAUGGGCCCAGGGGGUGGGGGCGCUGGCCAGAGGAGGCUGGGGAUAGUAAGGAGUUGCCCAUGCAUGAUGCCCCAGAGGGGGACCUUGAAGGGCUUGAGUGUUCAUUUUGUGCCUUGGUUUCCUUCCUUGAAGCCUGCAUUGAUGUAUAUAUAUAUAUAUAUUUAUAAGAUAUUUAUUGAGAUUUUUAAAAUGUUACAAAAUAAAAAUAAAGAAAGAAGAAAAUACAAAAUAAAAAUGGUUAACAAAGUAAACAGAGAAACAAACCACUUCCAACAAUACGAAUACAAAUUCAAAAUAAGAAAACCCCCCCGAAAAAAACAAAAAUACACCACAAACAUUUAAAAACAUUUAAAAACAAAUUCAUUAUUCUCAAAUCCUCAACUGUCAUUACCUUCUUUCUUUGACCUCCUCCUCCUCCCUUUCUUUGUAUCCUAGUUAUUAAUUAUCCCAGCAAAUCCUUUCCAUAUUUCAUAAUAUUCUGUCGUUACAUUACCUUAAACUGUUUUAAUCUUAUCUUUUUAUAAAAAAAACCUUGAAAUUUAAAGCUUAAAUCUUAUCCUUACCAACUUCUCAUAACCAUAAUAUUCUUUCAUAAUUCUUUAAGCAUCUUUACUAAAGCCGAGUCAUUUCAUUCCAACAUUUUUCUAACAUUCAUCAAUUUUAUAAAACAGUCCUAAUAGUAAAAAAGAAAAAGAAAUACAAACAGAUCCAAUCUUCAUCCAGCGUCCCUUCCUCCUGGUUCCGGGUUUUGUCAGUCCUUAUUAUCCCAUCGAUCUAGCCCAUUAACCUGGCAACCUUAUAUCCGAGGCCCUCAAGUCUCUUCCAUGUCCCUUCCGCAACUCUUCUUCAUAUUUGUAACUGUAUUUUCCCUUGUCUCCUGCUCGUGGUAACUCCAGCUUGGCAAUAUUUUUGACCAUUCUCGACAGAUCAGCCCCUUUUCCAUAUUCAACACUAAAUUCCAUGUGAUAUUUAAAAACAUGUUUGAAAAACCCUCCAAAAUUAAGAGCCCCCACAAUCCCAAACAUCUCACGGCCCAUUGCCAGAUUUGAAAAGUCCAAACAUCCCAGUAUAGGGGGGUCAAUCCAGCCCCCCAUUUCCAAGCCAAACCAAACUUUUUCUUUCCAAAUCUGGCUUUUUCCAAGUUCAUUUGUCAGAUCCGAAAGCUCAUAUUCCUGUUGGGCCUGUUCUGUCAGGACGCACUCCUGAUUUAAUUCCUGGGUGGGCUCCACAUAUUUUCCCACUGUCUGUUCAAAAUUUCCCACUGCCUGUUCAAAAUUUCUAGUCGAAGUCGCCAUCAAAUUCAUCUUCUCAUGUAACUGUUCCAGUAGGGAAUUUGUUUUAUAGAAAGCUCACAACAGAGCUUCUGAAUACAUUGUCCUGCAAGGUCAAAUGUCUAUUCCCACGAUUGUAAUCUGUAACAGCUGCCGGCUCCCUGGAAUUGGUUACAGUUUCACAGUCUCCCUCUAGGGGGAAAACUUCUAUUUGUUCUUGCAACAAAGUUUUCCUUUUUGAGAUAUUUUGUCAAUAUUUGUUCCUUUAAAAUGCGAAAGGAAACAGUGGAAUCACUAUGUUUCUCUUCUUUUAGCUAUCUAUCAAAAACGUUUGUCUCUGGUCAAUGAGCUUCAAACGUCAGUCCUGACACCCCGCUCCAGGAUUAGGACGGUGGAAAGUUACUUUACUUUAAACUCACUUUAAACAGUCUGAAAAAGAUCCCCCUUCUUCUCCUGCUGUCGAAGGGGGGUUCCACAAUUUUAAAUGAUGAAAUCCAAUCCUUUAAAGGAGAUUUUCUAAGCUCUAGUUUACGUUGUCUUUGCUUUAUUCUGUCUACAAAAGAAUGGAAGGCUGACUUCCUGUUUAGACCUUCCCGUUCAGUACCAAAUUGAAAAUAAAUUUUUAAAUCCAAUUCCUUUCUGCUCGCAAGUCCUUAUUUAAGGUCCAGUUGUUCAAAGUUUAAGUACUCACGGGUGCUUAUUUUAGAGUCCAAAUUGUCCCAGGAAAGAGGCAGCGCUCUCCGGCAACGGCUAUGCGGCUUCACUCCACGGAAAUAGCAGAUGACUCACAGCACCGCGCCACUUCCCCCUCUUCACUUCGGAGCCCGUUAAUGGGUUCCUUUGCGAGUUGGGGGGGCGCUAAAGGUGCCCGCCGAGUCCCAUGGUCACAGGCUUCAUCCGCCUGUGAUUUUUAAAAGGGUCCCCGCUUUGCCGUAGCGGAGAAGACCCGUUUCACGCGGAGCUAGUCCCUCCAGUUCAGAGGGAGUCCGCCAUUGCCCAUGGCGCCACCCCGGAAGUCCGAGGUAUAAUCUUUUUUUAUCCACCAGGUGUUCUUUAGUUCUCUGGUUCUUCUUUGAACCUCAGCCUUAGCGUUGACAUAGGUUUUUUUUCUUAGUGCCGCAGUUUCUAUCUCUUUGCCAGAUCUGAAAGGCCUUCCUUUUCUCGUCAAUGAGCAGCAUCCACAACCCUCGUUCACCCCAUGGUUCAUUACAUACCCAACUAUAUUCUUAACUACCACGAUCCCACCACCCACAGGAGAGGCAUCUUCCCACAAGACGCAGUGAUGACCACCAUCCUGGACAGCUUGAAAAGAGGGUGAGGUACAUUUGUGGAGGAGAAGACUGUUGAUGGAUUCUAGGCAGGAUGGCUCUCCUCUGCCUCCUCCACUGAAGGCAGCAAUGCUUCUGAAUGCUGGAAACCACACAAGGAGAGAGCAUUCUGGUCCUCAGGUCCUGCUUGCCAGUUUCCCACAGGCAUCCGGCUGGCUACUGUGAGAAGAACAGAAUUCCAGGCUAGAUGAGCCACUGACAGGAUCUUCUUAGGUUCUGAUUUCCCUGAUUUCCCCUCAGGAGUUAAUUUUGGGGUUUGAGGGCAUAUGAACAUUCCUUUGGGGUUUAGUGACACGUGAGUUUUUCUUCUUUGAACCUCUUUCAAGCAAAUAAAAAUAUGGGCAAGAAGAAUGCUUUUGUUGUUGUUAAAUUUGUAACAGCCUCCUCAGUCUGCAAAAGCUGCUUGCAUUUUUCAUUGCUUUGGCUCUGCCCAAAUCUGUCAGAAGACCUUUUUUUUUUUUUUUUUAGGUAGCCGGUCUUUGCAAACAGCUCCUCCCCCACAUUCCACACCCAGAAACACACUUCCGCAGAGAAGCAAACAUGGCUUUUUAUUGCAGACGUUUCCUGUUCAGAAUGUUGCUGUACUUUCUUCUGGGUAAGUCGCGCACUGCUUUGUUCUGAAGAGCAAUAAGAUCUGCGCCAGCAGCUUGUGUUUCCAGAGGCUGGGGAAGAGACUGACCAUUGUUAUCCUCCCCGACAUUUUGCCUCUUGCAGCUGCCGGACUCCUCUGGAGAAGGAUUUGGGAGCCAUCUUGCCCUCCCCUCUGAAUUGCAUUAAACCAGGCUGCCUGGAGAGUAGCGAGACCAGGGCCAGAAACUUCAUUCUCCGUUAACUUUUGUGUUGCUUUGUAUCGAUGUACUUAAGUUUCAAAUGUUUUUUUUUGGGGGGGGGCAAUUUUGAAUUUAUUCUGUGUUUGCCAAAUUGUUUAUUUCUGUCAUUUUUAAAUUUACUGUCAUAUUCUGUAUUUCGUACAUUUGUAUUUUUGAUGCUCUGUAUUUUGAUGUUUUGAAACAGACACAUAUCAAUCAAUCCCAGUCAAGAGAGAAGUAACUGAGAAAGCUGCUUACUGGUUACUAGCACUUUUUUUCUGUGGGGACGCAGGGUUACACAUACCCCUAAACAUUUUGUGAAUCUAGGUUUGGCUUCAUUGGGGGCCAUAUUUCAAUAUGAGCAGGAAAAGGAGAGUACCUCUAAAGAUUUUUUACCAAAAAAGCAGUGUUGGUCACUGGAACCCAGUUCCCCGUGAGGGUGGGGCAAUGCCACAGUGAUCUUUGUUACUGAGCUCAGUUUCUAAGAGAAUCUGCACAUAUGACAAAGGUGGACAUUAGAGAGCCCAACCAUAGGUGGUGCCAGAGUCAAUGAGAGGUAGAGCCAACUAAUUUUCAGAGGUCUGUAUUUUGAUGUUUUGAAAGUUUGCUGUGAGCCUCUUUGCGCAAAGCUCGUUGCGGAACAACGGCAUAUAAAUAAACUCAAUCAAUCCUAAUCAAGAGUGACGUCACUGAGACAGCUCAUAAAGGUUUCUCCUCCUCCACUGAUCCUUCCUGGUUUAUGAGUGGAGGAACAAAGAGCUGUGAAAGGAGGAGUCAGAAACAAAGAAGGGAAAACAGGGUUUUGCUUGGAUGAGAAGGGGAGGGAAAGCAAGCACAGACAGUCUUGCUGGUACGAAGGGGAGGAUCUGAUCUGCUGGGAUGUGAGAGGACGGAAGGAGAUGACCAUUGUGUCUGAAAGUUCACAACGCUUGCAAAUAAACCCUGGACUCAGCUUAUAAAAUGAAUAAACAGGCUUAUUUAAGAGCACCUAUACUGUGCAGAAAAAUGAAGCUGAUUUCCUCACGGUAGUGAAACAGAUGCCACAAUGGGAAGUCCACAGGCAGGACCUGAGCAGCAAAUUUCUCCAUCAUUGAUUCUAAGAAACAAGCAUUCUGGUGCGUGACUGCCACUCAGGGCUCUUUAGCAAUCCACAAUUGUGGAUUUUUCUUGCAGAAGGCCUCUUCUUCAGACUUUUGCUGUACUCCUCCUUGGGUAAGGACGUCACUGCUUUUUCCUCAAAAAUAAAACAAAAGCCCCACUUAAAUGCAUGCACUCUGAGUUUGAUUUGUCACAAAGAGGAAAAUCAUUGGCAAUAUUGGUUACUAGCACUCAGGGUCUCCUCUCCCCAGCUGGAACCCUCUCCCAGAACACGCUUGCUGCCUUCAAAUGAAGCUCCAACAGGAGGCUUGUGAAAGUUUAAUCCUUUUUUGUGAUAUUUGUUGCUGAGCUGAACUUGGAGGGACAAUGUGCAUGUAUGAUGAGGGGGCUCAUCACCCCUGAAGGUGUGGUGUUCAAUGGGAUAAAAAUGCUGGACAUGGUGACUGCAAGUCACCAUGUCAUAUAGAGGAGGGAGAAAGGUUGUUUUCUGCUGCUCCAGAGAAGCGGACACGGAGCAAUGGAUUCAAACUACAAGAAAGAAGAUUCCACCUAAACAUUAGGAAGAACUUCCUGACAGUAAGAGCUGUUUGACAGUGGAAUUUGCUGCCAAGGAGUGUGGUGGAGUCUCCUUCUUUGGAGGUCUUUAAGCAGAGGCUUGACAACCAUAUGUCAGGAGUGCUCUGAUGGUGUUUCCUGCUUGGCAGGGGGUUGGACUCAAUGGCCCUUGUGGUCUCUUCCAACUCUAUGAUUCUAUGAUUCUAUGACUUCAUUUCUAAGGCAGAAAUGUUUUCCUGCAGGAUUUUUUCCUAUGAUGUGUCAGUCAUUAACUAAUACAAAAUAAAUGUCAGUAAAAAGGAAACAGUGAAUUAGAGGAGCCAACAAAUGAGCAGGAAAAGGCAACUGGGGAUCCUGGUGGAACAGAGUCAGUUUCUACUCUGAACUCUGUGUUAACUUAUCUCGGUUUCACAAAAAUUAGUGCAUAAUCGUUAUUUCCUGAAACACACAAGCAGAUUGUUUUUAGAUUGCUUCUUAGAAGAAUUUUUCACUUGGUAAGAUCUUUCUGUGUUGAAUUUUCAACAGACAUUUUGCAAAGUUCUGAUUUUGUAAGCUGCUUUGAGGUUUUAGGACAACCAAGAAGUAUUAAUCUUGUGAACUGAAAUAAAUGAACUUUUGUUCCUUGUGAGAGGAAAUUCUACUUUUUUGGGGGGGGGGGAUUUUUCCUUGGGACAAUUACACAAAGCCAGAUAUUCCAAAAAUUUCAGCACUGCAAAGCUUUAAAAAGAUUUAAGUGUUUAAUCAAUUGCUUUUUCAGACUUCACGAAACAGGAUAAUGAUACUAAUUUUGUUUCUAUCUCCUCCCCCACCACCCUCCCCUCACUAGAAACUUUAAGCCAUGCAGUGGGGAAUCCAACCCAUCAGCUGAAGGGAAUCCUGGGAGGAUCAGUCUUGUUUCCUGUCAACGUAUCUCAAGGAAUAACAGUGCAGAAAAUGGAAUAGGACUUUUACCCCCAAAGCGGGGGCCUGGGCUUUUGGCUGGGGGAAUUCAGUCAUGGGAAACUGGAGCACCAAAGUCCCACUGA